AUGGAUGUGCGGGUGGUCAACAGGUGUCGGACAGCUGGCUUCAGAAUGGCUACGCCCAAACCUGGAGAUUUGAUUGAGAUUUUUCGGUUUGGCUAUCAGCACUGGGUCGUCUAUGUUGGAAACGGUUAUGUGGUCCAUCUGACUACCCCCUGUAAGAACCCCAGACCUGGCUCCUCCAGCCCCUUCUCUGUCCAGGGAGGCAAGGCAACAGUGAAACGGGAGCGCCUAGAGGAUGUGGCGCGGGGCUGUUCCUUCCAGGUCAACAACUACUUGGAUGAUAUGUACAAGCCACAGCCUGCAGAGAAAAUCAUCAGUUGUGCUGAGAAACUGAUUGGUAAGGAGCUAAGGUACAACCUUCUGGGCUGGAACUGUGAGCACUUUGUCACCCAUCUGAGAUACGGCAAGUCCCACAGUGAGCAGGUGGAACUUCUCAUAAUGGGGACAGAAUAGCCCAACUGUAUUUGGG